AAUAAAUUCAAAACUCAUUUCAUUUAAAGUUCAUAUAGAACUAGUAUAUAUUUAAAAUGUCCAAUAUGGACCCGGGAAUUUCAAGUCAGUUAUCUUCUUUAGAAGAUUUCGAUGAGAAUAAGGAAUAUUUUGUGGAGAAAAUAAUUAGUCGUCGCAUCCGUAUGGGACAGGUGGAAUAUUUUGUGAAGUGGCAGGAUUUUCCAGACGAGGAUAAUACUUGGGAGCUUUCCAAAAAUUUAGACUGUCUGGCAUUAAUAACUGAAUUCGAAUCUCAACGGGCUACGAAAAACAAUAAAAGACAGGCCGAACUCAAAAUAAAUGAGAUUUAUGUAGCCAAAGCAAAGAAACUUAAGAUUGAACCAUCAGUCAUUAUUGACAAUGCCUUUGAAUACGGGCACAAAGCUGAGCAAAUACUGUGUGCUUCAAACAUCCGUGGAAAAAUCUCAUUUGUAAUUAAAUUUAGGGACCUGGAUCAACCAGAACAGGUAGAGUCCCAGGUGGCAUACAUCCAUAUACCAAUGUUGGUUAUACAAUUCUAUGAGGAGCACCUUAAGAUCUUAAAUGCAUUUUCCACCAACUCAAGCUCACCAAGUUGAAUAUAUUUUCAUAUUUAUAUAUAUAAAUUAUAUAUUUUUAUUUUAAGCAUAUCCUUUCUUAUAAUUUCAAGUGUAGAUUUUAAA